AUGCCAGGUGCUGUGAGGUAUCAUCAUGUUGCCAAUGUUGUUGAGCAAAUUAAAGAUCAAUUAUCCGGUUGGAAAGGUAGGUUGCUCUCUUUUCAAGAUAGAGUUGUGUUGGUAAAAUCAGUGAUUGCUAGUUACUCGGUUCAUAAUAUGGUUGUUUACAAGUGGCCAAGGAAGUUUGUUCAUGAAUGUGAGGUUGCCAUUCGGAAUUUUCUUUGGUCUGGUGAUUCUAAGAUUUUUUAUGAGAAAUGGAAUUUAGUUCAUUACAUUAAAUCUUCCAUUCUUCCUGGGAUAAAAUGGGCUUACUCUUUGGUGGAGGAUAACACUAAGGUCUUAAUAGGGGAUGGGCGUAAUACUUCCCUUUUCUAUGAUGUGUGGGUUGGUGAUACGGCUAUUGCUGAUAUUCUUGAAGAUUAUUCUCUUAAUCGUGUUGUUUUAGUGAGUGAUAUUCUUGUUAACGGUGCUUGGAACUUAAUUGAGGACUACCGCAGCACUUUGUUAGCUGCUGGCAUUGAGGAGGUGGAUUUACCUUUCAUUUUGGAUGGAGAUGAUUGUCAGGUUUGGAUGCCUAGCACCACUGGUCAGUUCACGGCGAAAGCUGCAAAAUCUUUUAUUCGUAAGAGAUAUGGGAAGUUGGAGGGUGCUAACUUGCUGUGGAGACAAUCUGUUCACCCUGCAUUAGCAGCUAGAAACUGGAAGAUAUUAAAAGGAGUGUGCUCUACGCUUGAUCAAGUCAGAAGCCGGUUCAAAAUUCAGGUUGUAAACAAGUGUUGUUUGUGUAAUAGCAUAGAGGAAUCUUUGGAUCACUUGCUUUGGCGUUGCAGGUUUGUUGAGAUGGCUUGCAGCUGGAUUUCAGAUAUAUUUAGGGUGCAAUUGCACCUGAAUCUGACUACAGCCUACAAGGAAGUUCGUGGAAGAAGUGGCAUGAUUAAGGAGCUCUGGCUUCUUGCUGUUUUGGUGGUGAGAUCUGAACUGUGGCAAACACGUAACCGUUUUGUUUAUGAUAACAAAAAGGUUAGAUGGAGCUUCUUUAAAACUACCGUGUUCAACCAAAUACAAGAAUACUCAGGACGUCUCAAGGGCUAUAUGUAUAAUACGGUUGAUGAUUUGAGAAUCCUGGAUUUUUUCAAGGUUCGUCAUAGGCAGGUGAAGCUUCAUGAUCCUGUUGAGUGUAGAUGGGUUCCUCCGGAGGUGGAUGAACUUAUGUUGUGUUGUGAUGGUGCGGCUCGAGGGAAUCCAGAAGUUGUUGGGGCUGGUGUAGUUGCGCGUGACCAUGAUGCUAAUGUUAUUGGAGUUAUGAGUAUAGUUUUGGGCGUAAUGACGAAUUACAUUGCUGAAAUUUCAAGUAUUAUAAUUGGUAUGGAAUGGGCGCUUCAAUGGGGCUACUCCAAAGUUUGCAUCCGCUCAGAUUCGUUGAGUGCAGUUAUGACUUUUACUACUUCUAAUCUUCCUUGGUUUGUUAUACAACGUUGGAGUGAAGUUUCUUCUCAUUAUGAGACUAUUCGUUUUGAUCACACAUAUAGAGAGGCUAAUUUUGCUGCUGAUAAGAUGGCUAAGAGAGGGUGUAUUCUUACUAAUGAGGAGGGAAGACAUUAUCUAGGAAAACCUGAUUCUUGA